CCAGACUACUCCGUUCCUCCGGAUUUCGAUCCCCCUUUUUCUAUCUGUCAAUCAGCGCCGCCUUUGAACUGAAAAGCUCUCAGUCUAACUUCAACUCACUCAAAUCCGAGCGGCACGAGCUCCUCCUGUAUCUUCGGCUUCCCCCCCCUUUGCUCUUUAUAUCUGACUUCUUGUUGUUGUUGGUGUGUGUGUUUUUUUUUACCCCCCUUUUUUUAUUUAUUAUUUUUUUGCACAUUGAUCGGAUCCUUGGGAACGAGAGAAAAAAGAAAUCCAAACUCACGCGUGCAGAAGAUCUCCCCCCCCUUCCCCUCCCCUCCUCCCUCUUUCCCCUCCCCAGGAGAAAAAGACCCCAAAGCAGAAAAAAGUUCACCUUGGACUCGUCUUUUUCUUGCAGUAUUUUUCUGGGGGGGGGCAAAACUUUUUGGGUUUUUUUUUUUUUUUGGCUUUUCUUUCUCCUUCAUUUUUCUUCCAAAAUUGCUGCUGGUGGGUGAAAAAAAUGCCGCAGCUGAACGGCGGUGGAGGAGAUGACCUAGGCGCCAACGACGAACUGAUUUCCUUCAAAGACGAGGGCGAGCAAGAGGAGAAGAGCUCCGAAAACUCCUCGGCAGAGAGGGAUUUAGCUGAUGUCAAAUCGUCUCUAGUCAAUGAAUCAGAAACGAAUCAAAACAGCUCCUCCGAUUCCGAGGCGGAAAGACGGCCUCCGCCUCGCUCCGAAAGUUUCCGAGAUAAAUCCCGGGAAAGUUUGGAAGAAGCGGCCAAGAGGCAAGAUGGAGGGCUCUUUAAGGGGCCACCGUAUCCCGGCUACCCUUUCAUCAUGAUCCCCGACCUGACGAGCCCCUACCUCCCCAACGGAUCGCUCUCGCCCACCGCCCGAACCUAUCUUCAGAUGAAAUGGCCACUGCUUGAUGUCCAGGCGGGGACCCUGCAGAGCAGACAAGCCCUCAAGGAUGCCCGUUCUCCGUCGCCGGCGCACAUCGUUCAGUGCCCCCUCCCUUGCUGCACUCAGGGACAUGACUGUCAGCACUUCUACCCCCCCUCAGACUUCACUGUCAGCACUCAAGUCUUCAGGGACAUGAAAAGGAGCCAUUCCUUACAAAAGGUUGGGGAGCCCUGGUGUUUGGAGUCGAACAAAGUACCGGUUGUGCAGCACCCUCACCAUGUCCACCCUCUCACGCCUCUUAUCACAUACAGCAAUGAACACUUCACGCCGGGAAACCCGCCUCCACACUUACCAGCUGACGUAGACCCCAAAACAGGAAUCCCACGGCCUCCGCACCCUCCAGAUAUAUCUCCGUAUUACCCGCUAUCGCCCGGCGCUGUAGGACAAAUCCCCCAUCCGCUAGGAUGGUUAGUACCACAGCAAGGUCAGCCAGUGUACCCCAUCACGACAGGAGGAUUCCGUCACCCCUACCCCACAGCUCUGACUGUCAACGCUUCCAUGUCCAGCUUUCUGUCUUCUAGGUUCCCUCCCCAUAUGGUCCCACCACAUCAUACUCUACACACGACCGGCAUUCCCCACCCGGCCAUAGUCACGCCGACAGUCAAACAGGAAUCUUCCCAGAGUGACGUCGGCUCACUCCACAGCGCAAAGCAUCAGGACUCCAAAAAGGAAGAAGAAAAGAAGAAGCCCCACAUAAAGAAACCUCUUAACGCGUUCAUGUUGUAUAUGAAGGAAAUGAGAGCGAAGGUUGUAGCCGAGUGCACGUUGAAAGAAAGUGCGGCCAUCAACCAGAUCCUGGGCCGAAGGUGGCACGCACUGUCCAGAGAAGAGCAAGCGAAAUACUACGAGCUGGCCCGGAAGGAGCGACAGCUUCACAUGCAGCUGUACCCCGGCUGGUCCGCACGGGAUAACUAUGGGAAGAAGAAGAAGAGGAAAAGGGACAAGCAGCCCGGGGAGACCAAUGAACACAGCGAAUGUUUCCUAAAUCCUUGCCUUUCACUUCCUCCGAUUACAGACCUGAGCGCUCCUAAGAAAUGCCGAGCGCGCUUUGGCCUUGAUCAACAGAAUAACUGGUGCGGCCCUUGCAGGAGAAAAAAAAAGUGCGUUCGCUACAUACAAGGUGAAGGCAGCUGCCUCAGUCCACCCUCUUCAGAUGGAAGCUUACUAGACUCGCCUCCUUCCUCCCCCAACCUGCUAGGCUCCCCUCCCCAAGACGCCAAGUCACAGACUGAGCAGACCCAGCCUCUCUCGCUGUCCCUGAAGCCCGAUCCCCUGGCCCACCUGCCCAUGAUGCCUCCGCCGCCCGCCCUUCUGCUUGCCGAGGCCGCCCACGGCAAGGCCCCCGCCCUCUGUGCCAACGGGGCCCUGGACCUGCCUCCCGCCAUCCCUCCCUCAUCCCUGGCGCAGCCGUCGACAUCUUCCUUACAUUCCCACGGCUCUCUGGCCGGGACGCAGCCGCAGCCGCUCUCCCUCGUCACCAAGUCUUUAGAAUAGCUUUACCUUCCUCAGCUCCGGUUGCUCUUUUGUGGAGUGUUGCGUUCUGCUUUUCUUUAUUUCCCGCGCCCCCUUCUGCCAGGUUUUUGUUUUGUCCUCUUUUCCGUUUGUGCCACGUGGCUACAUUAGUUAAUGUUUAUCGAGUUCAUUGGUCAAUAUUUGACCCAUUCUUAUUUCAAUUUCUCCUUUUAAAUAUGUAGAUGAGAGAAGAACCUCAUGAUUCUACCAAAAUUUUUAUCAACAGCUGUUUAAAGUCUUUGUAGCGUUUAAAAAAUAUAUAUAUAUACAUAACUGUUAUGUAGUUCGGAUAGCUUAGUUUUAAAAGACUGAUUAAAAAACAAAAAGGAAAAAAAAGAAGCAAUUUUGAAGCAGCCCUCCAAAAGGAGUUGGUUCUGUAUUAUUUGUAUUAAAUACGAGCUUGCGAACCAAUCAUUUUCCAUCUGGUUUUUAAACCAUAAGGGCACAAUGAAUGCAGUGCCAUUUACCUUUUUUUUUUUCCUGUGUGAAACAACUUUUAUUGUGAUGUUACUUGUUAUUGUUUAAAUGUACAGAAACAAAGGGUUAAAAUGUGUUAAUAUACCUUGUUCCAUGGUGUUGUUCUUUUGGGGGGAGGGGGAUGCUAUUCAACAAUUAAUGGAAUCACAACGCUGUUGGACCAGUAGUAUUUAUUGCUUUAGAGGUUGCUUGUCAAACCUGUACGUUGUCCCUUUUAAAAUAUGUUUUCCUUUUUCUUGAAACUGUAUAAAGUUUUUUUCCCCUUAGCAUAAGCAUCUUAUAUAUAACAACUCAUUUGUACAAGGUUUUUAAGUUUAUAUAUAAAAUGUGUAUAUAUAUAUUUUUUGUUUCCCUUUUGGACUUUUUUUUUUUUUUUUUUUGCCGUAUGAAACCCAGAUGCCGCCAAAUGGACAUUAAUAGUUGCAUUAAAGGAUCAGUAGCAUUAACAAAAGUUGCUUUAAAAGCCAUUAUGUAAAACAAGACUUGAAAAUUAGUGAGGGAAUUUUAGCGACGCUGUACGAGCAACAGUGGAAAUUGUCCCGUUUCCCCUGUGAACUCGCAGGCGAGCGCCCUGCACCCUGAGGACAUGGACUGACCGUGUGCAAAACUUUAUGUGCCAAAAUUCUCAGUGACUUUAGCUUUCUCUCUCUUUUUGAUGCUGUAAUUUUUGUUCAUCAUGUUUUGCUGUGAUGUUACAUAGGUAGAUUUGUAUGUAGUUUUAAUGUCACCUAUAACAAGAUGUGUUUGGUAGCAGAUUGUCCAGAAAGCAUUUUAAAUGAAGAGGUAUAAACCCUUAAGGGCCAAAAAUUCUGUAUAUUAGAUUACUCUUAAAGGAAAAACCAGCUGCCGCUUUUAUGUACACGUAUGACAUACAAGUAGGUAGCAAACUUUAAAAAUAAAAAAAACCUAGGCAUGUUGAUGUUACAAAAUGCUGUAUAAAGCUGAAACCUGUUCAUUCAGUGCCAUUGUAGUUGACAUGAAGCGAUUGUAAAACUGUCUCCGAUUUUUCUCUGGUUUAUUAAAAUGCUAACUAUAACAUUUUUUGUGAAUACUUUGAAUGUUUCCUAACAGUUGUGAUGUUACUGUUCCGUUUUAUGCUCUUAUUCCAAUUUCAUUUUUAAUGGUUUGGAAGCCAUUUUUGUAAUGAAUAAAUGUUCAUGCUGUACAGUAUCUGUAGCAUGCCGUUCUGGAUUAAUAAAAGCAACUUAGUGCAGAUAAA